AUGCCAUUCCUGUACGAAACCGAGCCCUACAACCUAUCCCCGCCCACGGCCACAUAUACCACAUCUAACCCAAACAUCAUAACAUUCCUCCUCAUAGGCCGGACAACCCUUUCGGAGCACUCACCCAGCGAGAAAAUAUCCGUAGACUAUGAAAUCGCCUAUCGCUCACCCUAUCUCCGCAACUUCCUCCCUUCACAAGCCCUAUCGUCAUCAUCAUGUACGCUACGUCACCUUCCACCCAUAACCCUGCCCUCCAUUGAUCCGGCAGCUUUCACAAUCUACAUCUCCUAUCUCGCCACCUCCCGCAUCACGCUCAGCCUGCCCUCCCAUCACUCUCUCAGCCUCUAUGCCUGCGUUGACCUUCUCUACGCGCACAUGCUCGGCACCGUGAUCCGCGCCCCACAUUUCCAAGACGCGGUUAUCGAUCACUUGACGGAAGUGCUCGAUACUGUGCAGGCGCCUGAUGUGAGGGUGUUGGAGAUGCUAUAUUUGGAGGAGGGCGUGAGUGAUGUGUUGAGGGGGUUUGUGGGGGAUGUCAUGUUUGGGUGGGAGAAAAGGAUGUUGGGGGCGCUCAGGGGAGGCGGAGGAGAAGGCGUGGGGGUUAAAACAGAGGGAUCAGGGUUGGGUAGAUGUAUGGGGUGUAAGUAUCAUGUUCAUGAAGGGGGUGUUUGUUACAAGGACUUGGAGGAAGAAGAGCGGGAUGUUGAGAUGGGGGAUGGGAAGAAGUGGUGUAUCGAAGAUGAUGAGGAGAUGAAUGCUAUGGCGGCGCAUUAUUUGGGAAAGAAGAGUAUGAAGGUAGAGGGUGUGUUGAUUCAUCUAAAGACACAGGGCUCGAGCAUGACUGUCGACCGCAAAGGUACUCGACAAGAUAUGCCUCGACCAAAGGGCCCGCAACCUAUGCGUCAAGCAGUAUCCACACACACCCGGACUGUAUCAACCAAGACAACAUCGUCGUACCAAACGGUUGAUCUGUAUCUUACUAAGCCACUACCUUCGUUACCACAACCAGAGCUGGACGAUAUCCAUUAUUUUGAUCCACAACACGUAGAGCACAAACCUACUACACUCCUCGAACGUAACUUCUCUCUUACUCCACUUCCAAAACUAACCCGUUACCCAACACCGCCGGCAUCACCACCCCGGUCUCCGUCUGUGACUGUCACGUUACACCCCAAUCCCUUCGCGCAAAAUCUUCAACCUAUCCUACCUAGAAAAUCAGCCCCGCGACCCAUAUCACCAACACUACCCCGACCUUACCACAUCGAAGCCCCCCCAAGCCUCCACUUCCCUCCGUUAAUCAAGCGUAAGCCUGCGCCAUCACGAGGUCAAGACUGGGCAAACCAAUGGGAUAGAUUAUUCGCGAUGCGGGGAAUGCAAGGAUUCGGGCAACGCAAAGUCUUCGAGGAGAGGAGCAAGAGUAGAGGAAAAUGGUUCGCUGAUAAGAUUGAGAAUAUGACUGCACGGAUAUGUGAGAGAAAGACGGGGCGGCAAACGGUUGCUGAUCAUGUGGUCUUAUCUCAAUAG